AUGGCAUCGGUAUCCGAUGAAGUACCAUCUACGCAAGACAAUAAAAUCGAAUCAUUACCUUCAGACAAUAAUGUUUCUGUAGAAAAUGGAAAAUUAGAUCAAGUUAAAAUGACGCCAUCUACAAAAACUUCUGAAGAAAAAAAAGAACGAGUAGAAGAAAAAGAAAAAGGAAAUCAAUCUUCAAUUUCGGCUUUAGCGGAAUCUAAUAAAUCAUUAUCUAUAACAUCUGAUGUACACGAAGAAAAAUCAACUUCUAUUCCUUUAAAAAGUAUUAACAAAGAGAAUAUUAAUAGAAAACUUCAAGAAGAAGAACGAACAUCAUCAAAAUCUCGUUCCGUGAAUUUUUCUUCAACAAUAAGCAAGGAUGAUACGGAUGUACCUAAAUUACGUUCAAAAAAUUCAAGUAAUACUCGAUCAUCUCAUUUAUCAUCAAAAUCAUCACGUCGACCAGUUGAUUUUAUUGAUGCAUUAGUUGAAAGUUAUAAACUUGAAACAACAAAUAGUACAUCACCGACAAUAGAAGAACUUAAAUAUGUACCAAAAACCAAUCGUUCACGUUUAAAUCCUAAUUGGCGUGAACAUCGUACACGACGUUUAAUGAAUAAAUUAGAAGAAUUAAGUUUAUGGGAUCGUGAAGAAGAAUUAAAAGCAUCUCAAGCACAAUCAUUACGUGAACAAAAAUGGGAACAAAUACAAGAUCGUCAACGUAAUCAUGAUUUAUGUUUACAAUUAAUGCGACAAAGACAUGAGAGUGAAAUGGAAAGUGCUGUUACAUUAGAUAGUGCAGCAACAGGUAUCAAUGAUGAAAAUACAAAUGCAACAAUAGCUACUGCUAUGAAUUUAGCAUCACCAAGUAAUGUUCUUGCUUAUGAUUUACCAAUACCACCACAAACACUUAAAAGACGUGUUCGACUAGAAGAAGAAAAAGCACUUGAACUUAAAACACCUAUUGGCCGUUAUCGACAUUUUGAAAAAAAUAUGAAUAAUAAACUUGAUAAAAUCAAUCAAAAAUUACAACCAGAUCGUGAAAUAAUGCGUGCAUAUAAUCCAUAUCAUACAUCAAUACCAUCAACAGCUGUACCAUUAUUUAGUGAAACAUAUUCAGCAUUAUUAUCUGUACCUGAUACAUCAUCAUCACCAAAUAAAUAUAAUCAAUAUCAUUAUGGUGUUGCUUCAUAUUUACAUCAACCACAACAUGCUGUAAGUCCUGAUUAUGAAGCACGUCUUCGAUCUUAUUCAAAUCGUGAUGUACGUGUACCAUUAAAAGAACAAGCUAAUGAAUAUAAUUCUUAUGAUAAUGAUAAUAUAGAUGAUUAUAACCGUUCAAAUUCAAUUGAUGAUGAGUAUUAUAAAAAAUAUCGUACAAAUCCAAUUGAUAAUGAUUAUUAUACAAAAUAUCGUUCAACUCCAAUGGAAGAUGAUUAUUAUAAAAGAUAUCUUACAAAUUCAAUUGAUAAUGAUUAUCGUACAAAAUAUCGGUCAAGCUCAAUUGAUGAUAGUUAUCAUUCAAAAUAUCGAUCAAAUCCUAUUGAUGAUGAUUAUAAUCCUAAAUAUCGUUCAAAUCUUGUUGAUGAUGAUUAUAAUCCUAAAUAUCGAUCAAAUCGUAUUGAUGAUGAUUAUAGUCCAAAAUAUCGUUCAAAGCCUAUCAAUGAUGAUGAUGAUGAUGAUUAUAUUAAAUAUCGAACAAAUCCUGUUGAUGAUAAUUAUUAUACAAAAUAUCGUUCAACAUUAUCAUCAAAUCUUGAUUAUUGUCCACCAAGACGAACAACAAGUUUAGCAUCACCUACGGCAUCAUCAUUAUAUGAUUAUUCAACAGUAGCAAAUACUCCACGUGAACAUUCAUUUAUUCAUUCACGUCAACCAAUAUCAACGAGUAUACAUUUACGAAGUUUAAAUGAUGAUCUUAAUGCUAUAACACGUUUUUCAACUGAAACAAGUAAAAAAAUUUUACAAAAUAUUGGUGAUUCAACAAGUGAUUCAUCAAUAAAACCACGUUCAUCAUCAUCAAUAUCAACAAAAAAAUAUACAAAUUUUAAUGAUCAAGAUAUUGAUAAUGAAAAUUUCAAUUAUAAUUCAUCACAUAAUUAUUCAUCAAAAACAAAGCAUCAGCCUCUAGAAUUUCUAUCGCUUUCAUCAACACGAUAA